GCAACACCCCGCCGGAGGAGCUUUAAGAGCUGCGCUGCGCUGCGCUGCGCACGCCUCGUCGCGCGCUCUGCAGAGAGACGGAAGCCCCGCCGGCACAGGACGCGCGGCACGCUGUGGACAACAUGUCUGAGAAGAAGCCCGUCCGCCUCUGGCUGCUCCUCAUCACCAUCUCCCUGACAAUGGCCCAGGACUGUUCUCAGCCCUGUGACUGCCCCUCUGACACCCCUCCCUGCCCCUUUGGCACCAGCCUGGUUCUGGAUGGUUGUGGCUGUUGUAAAGUCUGUGCCAGGCAGCAAGGAGAGCCCUGCUCCACCCAGGAGUCUUGUGACCACCACAAGGGCCUCUACUGUGACUUUGCAGUACUGAGUGACACAGAGGUGGGCAUCUGCACAGCCCAAGAUGGACAGACUUGUGACCUGGGAGGGGUCAUCUACCGUAGUGGAGAGACGUUUCAGCCUAGCUGCAAGCACCACUGUGUGUGUAUGAAUGGUGAGAUCGGAUGUGUGCCAACCUGUGCCAAUGACGUGUGGCUACCCACUCCCGACUGCCCGUACCCACGUCGUUUCCAGAUCCCUGGCAAGUGCUGCGACGAGUGGAUCUGUGACCAAACACCCCAGGACCACCUCUUUGAGUCAGCUAUGGCUGGAGGCUCUGACAUUCGCCCCUUGGUCUCUUCUUCCUCUCCUCUCUCAGUGUUCCGGCAGGUCUCUGCCCGGGGCCCGGUCCCAGAGAGCCCUAGGGUUAAUUGCAUUGUCCAGACCACCGAGUGGAGCGAGUGCUCGGCCACCUGCGGCAUGGGCAUCUCCUCCCGCAUCACCAACGACAAUGACCGCUGUCAACUGGGGAGGCAGACUCGCAUCUGCCUGAUCAGACCCUGCAAUGCAGACCAAGAGAAAGACAUCAAAGUGGGAAAGAAAUGUGUGCGGACCCCCAAGGCCCAUCGUAACAUGCGCUUUGAGCUCUCAGGGUGCUUUAGUACCAGACUCUACAAGCCCAAAUUCUGCGGCGUAUGCACAGACAAACGCUGCUGCACGCCUCACACCACUAUCACCGCCGAGGUGGAGUUUCGCUGUCCGGAAGGAGACGUCUUCAAAAAAAAGAUGAUGUUCAUCAAGACUUGUUCAUGCCACCACGACUGUCCUCAGGACAACGACAUCUUCCUGGCCUCUAACACACGAAGAAUGAUUGGGGACUAUGAGAAUGAAAUGUGAAUGGAGGGUUACGAGCUGCUCAUGUGUACACACAAAAACACACACAGGCACGCACGGUGAUGUAGUUCCAGUUCCCUCCCUCCGCUAAUCCAUCUAACCAAACGUUUGUUGGCAGCUGUACAAAUUUUGGGACCCCACGCCCCCCCUUUACCCACAACAACGCCAGCCUAGUUUAGAGACUGAAAGAAAACACGCGUUUCCAAGACACGAUGUGGCGCAAGAGAUCCAUUCUUUAAUUCAUGUUACUUUUAUUUGGUUUGUGUUUUGUAUGACGUGCAGCUCCAAGGCCACCCACCUUUUAGGAAGGUCUUUUAGGAAGGUCUGCCAGUGAAGGUCUGCACAAGGAUCAGCGUGUGGUGAGCCUGAUGCACUGAGGAGGCCCUGCAGACCUGGUGCAUCCUGUGCCACAGGGACACGGUAUGAGAAACGAGACGGCACUGUGAAGGAUGCUGGCCAGACGGAGGCAUCUCAUAAUGCAGAUGCCCACGCUUUGACAGGAAAUGUCAGGUUAUGACGUUUGAAAAUGACCGACCUAUGUAAAGACCAUGACCACACAAGUCCUGAUGACGUGCUCUUUAAUAUCCAUACUGAGCUCUUUUAAGUUCGAUAUGCCAAUGUUCACCUUAGUAAUACUGGAGGUGAACUGUUGACCACGGGUUGUCUUAUUUACGUCAUGGAAUUUGACAUGAGCAGUUUUUCUCUUGAGGUCUCAUCUACCAAGUGAAAGCCUGGCUGAAGAUCAGAAAGCUGGAGAGAAAUAAACACACAGAAUGACCCGUCAUGUGGCAUGGUACAAGAAGUCCUGUUACUAAUCUUGUUUACUGUUAAUUUAAAAAGUAAAAAGAAAGAAAGUGAACAUUUGAUGAACACACCACAUGUAAAUAUUGCUGCAAAGUUUUGUACUAUAAAUUGUGUAACUCGUUAAACACAAUGUUGUAGCUGUAUUGCUGUUUUUAUCUAUAACCACCUGGCCAAGACACAAGCGAGUUCUUGUUUGUUGCACUUUUGUCUAUUUCCAA